AUGCAAGGAUCUGCAGGCUAUGGGAUGUUUAGCUUGAAUUUAGUUACGCAGGCAAAUCUAUACUCUACUCAAGUGUUAGGACAAAGUAUAAACACUAGCGCCAAUGAAAUAAGACAGUUCAUUGGCAUUCAUUUACUAAGUGGUAUUUUCAGGAGGUAUUUGCUUCUGAACGAUAAUGCAAAUAUGUUACCCAGGGAUGACCCUCAUCAUGGCAAGUUGUUCAAGGUCAGGCCAUUUUUAGAUCAACUAAAGAACAAUUUUCUAAAAACCGAAGUUGAAGAAUACAAUAGUACUGAUGAACUUAUUAUUCCACUAAAAUCACAUACAUCUCUAUGCCAGUAUAUAGAAUCAAAGCCACACAAAUGGGACAUGAAAGUAUUUGCUCGAACUGCUGGAAGUGGCUACAUUUAUGAUUUUGAAGUGUAUGUUGGGAAGGGAACAAUCACUGCAAGUAAUCCUGAGUUAGGAAUGAGUGGAAAUGUAGUGACUCAGCUGAUUGAGAACUUGCUUAGGCACGCCAAUUUCAAACUCUUUAUGGACAACUGGUUUUCUUUCCCCAACCUAGCAGUACAGCUUAGAAAUGAAGGAAUAUAUGUUGUGGGAACCAUCAGAAAAAACAGUGAAAAUGAUGCAGAGAUGAAAAAAGAAGACAGAGGAACCUGUGAUUACCAUGUAGAUGAAGAAAACAAAAUUAUAACUUUGAAAUGGUAUGACAGUAAAGCUGUCCAACUGAUUGCUAUUUAUAAAGGGAAGGAACGUGUUGGAAAUGUGGAACGCUGA